CGACGCCGUAAAAUGAGUGCAAUCAAUAAUACCAGCAGUACCAGCGGCGGUGGUGGCAACAAUAACAACAACAACAAUGCCAGCAGCCGGCACCAGAAGCUGGAACAGCAGCGACAACUAAUGGAGGCUUAUAUACGACAAAAGCGAGCAACACCGGGCAUGGUGCAGGCAAGCGAUCUACAGCUUGUCCGGCCAAUGUCGGGCAUCAAUCGGAAUGGGCGCGAGGUGCACGCGUACGACGGUCCAAUGCAGUUCAUGAUGUCGCCAAACAAUCCGGAUCAGAUUAUGCCCACCUCACCUGUGGGUCCGAUGCCCUCGGCGGCAGUUGGUACGACCGGUUCCAACAUUACGGCGACCUCGAUCACGACAACCCCAACUUCACCUUAUAGCGACUCAACUAUGGAAAAACUAACACCCUCGUCACAGGACAGCGAGGACGAGGAGAGCACACCAGUCGACGUUCUGCCGCUAUCCACCUCGACAAAAUCUCCUGCCAACGGUAGUAGCGGUGGUGCCAUCCUGUACGAUCGUCCAACGGCCGACCAGCUACUGUCCCACUCGGCCCCUAUAUCACCCGCGCUCAACAACAACAAUCACCACCACACCAACCACAGCAGUGGCAACGUGAAGUCUAGCGAAGGCUCCGGGACACCACCGAACGGUGGUGGAGGCGGUGCGCCCGACACGGAAGGUGACGUUAUCGGUCCAAUUGAGCAGUGGGUCACGCAACCAGCUGCCCAGGGUGUGCUGUACAAGUGUCGAAUAACGCGCGACCGAAAAGGCAUGGAUCGAGGCCUAUUUCCCAUUUACUAUUUGCACCUUGAGCGAGACUAUGGCAAGAAGGUGUUCUGUCUAGCGGGUCGCAAACGGAAGAAAAGUAAAACGUCCAACUACAUCAUCAGCUGUGAUCCGACGGACCUCUCCCGGCAGGCGGACGGUUUCGUGGGGAAACUGCGCUCGAACGUGUUUGGCACCACGUUCUUCGUCUAUGACAGCGGUACCAAAAAUGAUGCGGCCACGCCGCGCCUCGAUCUGGCCGUCGUAAUCUAUGACACCAACAUACUCGGAUUUAAAGGACCGCGCAACAUGACGGUGCUGCUGCCCGGGAUGACUGAGGACGACCAGCGGGUGCAGAUAAGCUCGGUUGACGGUCAGCAGGGUCUUCUUGAUUGUUGGAAAUCGAAGAACAUGGACAAUGUCGUUGAACUGCACAACAAGACGCCCAUCUGGAACGAUGAAACGCAAUCGUACGUGCUAAAUUUUCACGGUCGCGUCACGCAAGCAUCGGUCAAGAACUUUCAGCUAGUGCACGACUCCGACCCGGAGUACAUCGUGAUGCAGUUUGGCCGGACGGCAGAUGACAUCUUUACCAUGGACUUUCGGUAUCCGCUGUGCGCAUUUCAAGCAUUUGCCAUCGCACUGUCCAGCUUUGACGGUAAGCUGGCCUGCGAGUAG